CAAGCCACACAACGAUAAUAUAAUUUUCCGUGUAGAAAAACGUUGCUACUACUACGAAACUACGAAACAUGGACGCAUCGUUGUUGACGUUGCUGCAGCUGUCGGACAGUGCUUUUCCUAGUGGAGGGUUCUCCCACAGCCUCGGUCUGGAGUCGGCCAUACAGCACAGUCUGGUGGGAACGAAAGGUAAUCUUCAAGACUUCAUUGUAGCGUCAAUGGAAAACGCAGGUUCCUUUGGUUUGCCCUUCGUUCAUGACGCCUAUAAUGAGGGUGACAACGUGUCAAAGGUCAAGGACAUGGAUGACCUAUGUGAGGCGUGUUUGUCCAAUCACAUUGCGAAGAAAGCCAGUAUACGACAGGGAAACUCGUUCAUCGAUUCAGCGAGCCGCAUCUUUCAUGACAAACAACUUGAAACACUGAGCUCCAGUUUAAAUCACCGCCAUUUUGCAGUUGUAUUUGGCGUCACCUACCGAAUACUGGGAUUCAGUCUAGAUAACGUGAUGACGUCAUUCAUGUUCAGCACGCUCAGGACUCUGACGUCCAGCGCUGUAAGGCUCGACAGGAUUGGUCCAAUUGAGGCUCAGCAAAUACAAUACUCGCUGCAGUCCUCGAUUCCAGAUAUAAUAGCCAGGAAUCUCGACAUGCUGUCUGAGGACGCCUCCAUAUCGUUCCCAGUCCCGGACACUCUGCAGAACGCUCACGGACUGUUGUUUUCAAAACUUUUCUUUUCAUAGCAGGAAAAUCAACACUGUGUCCACAAUUCUACCUCUGUGACUGCAUAAGCGUAGGAAACGGGGGGACAGGGGAGGAGGCAAAUGCCCCGCUAGUACCGAAGCAAAUCCUCAAAUUCGGGCAAAAGCGAUAGAGAAAUUCGGGAAAAAUAUAUAUUUACAAUAUCUGAUAAUGGUGGGGAGCGCUAUAGCACUAUCUAAAACACAUUCAUGCAUGAAAAAUCAAUACACAUCUAAAAUAAACGAAAUAAACCCUACAUAUAUGUAUGAUAAAUAAUUACGUGAGUAGUGAUAUGGAAGAUAUGAAAUAUAAACACAUGACGUGCGUAAGGAAACUAAAGACACACAUACAACAUAAGUCUUUAAAAGAAAUAUAUAUAUUUUUUUUUUAAACUAGCAAUAAUAAAAUCAUAAUAAAUAAAUAACUAAACUAAACUAAACUAAACUAAACCAUA